AUGCCGUCGGCGAUGGUGGCGGCAGUGGGGCUGCCUCCGGCGGUGGUGUUGUCGCGCGGCAAUGGUGGUGGUGGUGUUCUUCAGAGUAUAGCAUUUGAUGCAUCUGAAGAAUACUUGAAAGUAUCCGAGAGGACCGCAGUUGAAUGUCUAGAUUGGUUUUAUGCAUGUGUUUAUGAGGUUUUUCACGAAGAAUAUUUGCGUAAACCUACUCAACGUGAUAUUGAGAGAUUAUAUCCGGCUCAUGAAGAGAGGCAUGGAUUUCCUGGUAUGCUUGGCAGUCUUGUUUGUACGCAUGUGGCUUGGGAAAAAUGUCUAACUGCAUGGAGUGGUCAGUUCACUCGAGGAGAUAUAGGUGAACCAACUAUCAUCCUAGAAGCUGUUGCAUCUCAAGAUUUGUGGAUAUAUCAUGCCUUUUUUGGAGUAGCAGGGUCUAACAACGGCCUUAAUGUUCUUGGCCAGUCUCCACUUUUCAACGAUAUUUGGACCGGCAAAGCACCUGAUAUGACGUUCACAGUAAACGGGCACGCGUACAAAUACGGUUACUAUCUUGGUGAUGGGAUAUACCCGGAUUAUUCUGCAUUGAUGAAGGCAUACUCGGUUCCUCGAAGUGAAAAAGCAAAAUUUUUUACAAGAAAACAGGAAUCGGCGAGAAAGGAUAUCGAAAGGGCAUUUGGAGUCUUUAAGCAAACAUGGCAUGUAGUGAAAUAUGCUACACGACUCUGGGAUAAAGAAAGAAUUAAACGAAUGGUCCUAGCAUGUAUUAUAAUGCAUAAUAUGAUUAUUGAAGAUGAAGGUCGAGCGAUUUGCACGUAUGAUCCGAACGACGUUGUCGUUCCAAUUGAGGAGUUCGUACCCGGAACGAAUGUUUUUUUAGAGCGGGUUGUUGAAAUUCAUAACUGUGAAACGUGUUUCAAUCUUCGAGAAGAUGUCGCGGAACAUUUGUACCAACAUAGCAUGAACGACAAUUAG